GGAAUCUAUGGGCAGAACUCAAGGCGACACAGCAAUGGCAGCGACCUUGUGCAGAGCAUGGCGUUCGUAGCAGUUUAAUUAGAUAACCACCUAAAAUGUUCGCAUAUCGACCACACGAAAUGACAAUUUGAUUUUUAUAGUAAAUGUUUUAGGGUGAACAAUGAUUUCCUUCAUCAAGGCCGCUGUCGGCGGUUUGAGUGGCAUCUGUAGAGCCCACGGUUACAAAGGUCCUUUGCACAGCCACUUGAAAGUCCUCACUGCUGGGCUGAAGACGUAUGAAAUCCCACCAGACUACAGCGAUGUGGUGUUGCCAGAGAAACCCAAACUGAAGUUUGUGAACAAGGUGCCUAACUUCAAAAAGGCCAAGAAAGAGAUGAAGAAGCUAUGGGAUAUCCAAGGCCCAGCUAGGGCGGCAAAUACCUUCACUACUGGACAGUAUGCCAUUGUGGCGAUGGGAGGGGGAUAUCUUCACUGGGGUCACAUAGAGAUGAUUCGUCUAACCAUCAACCGCAAGAUGGAUUCCCGGACUACAUUUGCCCGCUGGCGCAUCAAUGGCCCAUAUAAGCCAAUCACACGUAAAGGUCUGGGUCAGCGCAUGGGUGGGGGCAAAGGAGCUAUUGACCACUAUGUGACACCUGUCCGCUAUGGACGUUUAAUCGUGGAGGUGGGAGGAAAGGUGGAGCUGGGGGAGGUUGAACAUAUCUUGAUUGAAGUGGCAAAGAAGCUUCCCUUCCCUGCAAAGGUAAUGAGCAGGGACACCCUCGCAGCCAUGCACAAGAAGCAGGCUGAUAUGGAGGAGAACAACCAGAAUCCCUGGACCUUUAAGCAGAUAGCACAUGGCAACAUGCUGGGUAUUAGGAGGGUGCUCAGCCCCUUUGACCUGCACAACAAUGGGCGCUUUACAGGCAAAUUUCACCUUCUGGGGAGGGUGUGACAGGCCCAGACAACAGGAAUCAAUACUGUGUAUAUUGUGACACCAUCCAGACCACACUGUUGAAGAAGCAACCAAAAUUUUGAAAGGCUCAGAGUUUCAACCAUAUUUGGGAAUCUUCUUUCAUGUUUUUUUUUAUGCAAAUGUACUAGUGAAUUUAACAUUUUGUUAAAGAGGUAUGUUUCCCCCUUUUUCUGCUUAAAAAACAAAUAAACUAGAUAAUGUAUUUCAGUUUUA